AUGAACUUCUACCUCUCAAUCCCAGCAUUGUUGCUUGCAGCUGCUUCUGUGGUAAUUGCUGCCGACCCCACCUGUCCCAGAGGUUCGGGUCUUUAUUGCUUCUCGGCCGCACAAUUAAAGGGUGCCUCCGUGAUUGUUAAUCAAGCAUCCCCCAAAGGAAGCGCAUUUGAUUGCAAAGCUAUGGUUCUCAAGUUCUUACAAUUAAGUGACGGAAUCGGUCGCUGCUGUGAUGCAGGCAAGCUACCGCCACAACCUUCUCAAGCCAAAUGGGAAGCACCAAUAUCAAAGUUUAACGAUGCUUGUCCCACUAAGUAA